AUGGUUGAUUAUGUCCCACCUCCGAAAGACCUAUCGCGCCUCAAUGUGGUUCAGCGAUACAUGCAGAAGGGCAGUCUCGAUUGGUCAGACUAUCUGAGACUUGCAGCACUCGUCCUUACAUACUGGUUCUUACGUCCUUACAUUAUGCGCCUAGCGAAACGUUGGUCGGAUGAUGCUGUACGAAAAGGUGAAGAAGAGCAAGCCGCAUACCAGGAGAGAAGAGCUGCUGCAGCUGUUGCAGCAAAUGAGAUACGAUCGGGCAAGAAAGAGAAGGAGGGCAAAACAUUAGGACAACUCUUGGACGAAGGUUCCAGCGGUGCUGUGGCUUCUUCGGGAGCAGACUCAUCAGCGAAACAUGCGAACGAAACACAGCAGAAUGAGAUGAAGAACAGGAAACAGAAGAAGAAGGGCGUCUCGUUCGCACCAGAGAAGUCGGAGACUGACAAGACUUUGGACUGGGAGGACGAGUCGGAAUUUGAUCCAAGGAGAGGACCACAACCAGUGGUAGCUGAAGUUCCUGCAUCUGGAGAUAUCAAGCAGUGGAUGGAAAAAUGGACUUCAGAUUAG